CUCCCACUGGACCCCGAAGAUCCAGGAGGAGCUUCGGUCUGUGACCAGGCUUCCAAUGGAUUCGCCAAAGCAGCUUUACCCAACCUGGGCCCUGGGGUCAUCUCAGAUGCCCAGUGAAGAGAAUUCCCAGGAAGGCUCGGGUGCCUCUCAAACUAUCUCCGAAGUAUUAACAAAGAAUCUUGGUAAAUUGACUCUCGACUCUAGUAUCAAACUCCCUUCCCCUCUACCAGAAUAUCCAUCCCAGCAGCAGGGCAGAGAGAAGAAACCACAGGGGCUGGUUGAGCGCAUCCUUAGCAGCAGCAGGAGGAGGACUGGAGUAAGGACUUUGUUAACUGCUCGGAAAGAAAGGAUGGCAAGGAUGAUUCGAAUGAUUCAGUACCAGCGCUACCUGAGCCCGGGGCCCCAGGUAGGUUCAUGGGAUCUGGGCAGACAGCGCUGCCCCACCAGGGCGCUCAACAGCCACUAG